CUGAAGAUCUCCGUUUCAUGAAUCUGUCCACUAUAAGGGCUGCUACAGAUGACUUUACAGAUUCGAAUAAGCUGGGACAAGGUGGGUUUGGCCCUGUCUACAAGGUAAGACUUUUAUAUUUCCAUGGGUCAAAAGUAAGGACGCGGUUUAGAUUAGAUUCCCCUUUUACUGUUUUUCCUAUUUCACCUACUUUUGUUGUAAGCAAGCUUAAUUAUAUAUAUUCAAUUUGCUCAAUUGUUUAUGGAAGAGGGCUAUUACUUACUACCUUAGACUAUCUGUAUUGGAUGUUUAAUUUAUGUUAGCAGCUUCCUUUGAAACAAAACCCACUAAGAGCAGCCUGCCACAGUGCCUUUAUACCAUAAGGCCAUAGGCACGUGGGUUUGGAUUAGUUUUUGUUGAAUAUGUUAUUUAUAUAUUUAUAUGUUAAAAGUUGGGAAAAAUGUAGUUAUACCUUGAAAAGUUGUUGGAAUGUAAGCAAAUUAUCUAAUAUAGACUUAGGUUUAGUUAAUGUAUACCCUUAGGACACACAUUAAUCAUUCAUUUUAGAAAACUUUUUAUAAGAUAUAUAAAAAGCUAUCAAAAAAGUUAAUCAUUUUUUCAUAAAAAAUUUCCUAAAAUGAUUUACUAACAUAUGCUCUAAUGGCACCCGUUAGUAAAACCCUAUAAAUUUACAUUAAAAAAGCUAAUCCAAAAUGCAUGUGUUUUGUAUGUCACUAAGCUAGAUUUUAUGGGUAAGUAUGGAUAUUCUUAUCAGGGUGUCCUGCCAGAUGGUAAGGAAAUAGCAGUUAAAAGAAUGUCAAGGAUGUCAAGGCAAGGGUUAGAGGAAUUGAAAAAUGAGGUCAUACUUAUUGCAAAACUUCAACAUAGAAACCUUGUGAGGCUCUUGGGAUAUAGCAUAGACGAAGACGAAAAGCUGCUUGUGUAUGAAUUCAUGCCCAACAAAAGCCUUGAUUUCUUUAUCUUUGAUUCAGAAAGAUGCACUCAACUUGAUUGGAAAACAUGCUACAACAUUAUUGCUGGUAUUUCUAGAGGACUUCUUUACCUUCACGAGGACUCUAGACUAAAAAUCAUUCAUAGGGAUCUAAAACCUAGCAAUAUAUUGUUGGACCAUGAAAUGGUUGCCAAAAUAUCAGAUUUUGGAAUGGCAAGAAUCUUUGGUGAAAACCAAAACACUGCUAAUACUACGAGAGUUGCAGGAACAUAGCAUGGAGGCUGUGGAAGGAAGGAAAAGGAUUGGAAUUUAUAGACCCUUUGUUGAUGGAAUCUGGCCAGACAAUAGAAGUA